AUGUUUUUAAUGCACAGUAAUAAUAAUCAAAUCGAGAAGCUAUUGCGUAGGCAACUUUCAAACAGUAAAUGCAACAAGGAGACUAUCAAAUCAGCUGAAUCAAAAAGAAAAACGAUUGGUAGCAAUGAAUAUAAAAACAAUCCAACAUCAAAUAAAUGUCCAUUUUUAAAAAUUAAUUCAAUAAGCCCAACGCAUGAUUCAACGAUUGUUAAUUUAUGUAUAUCGACAGCUUUUGUUACUAGAGUUGGAUUGGGAUUGGAAUUUGAUGGAUUAUAUUCCGCCGACUAUUCACAAAUAGAAGAAACUUCUAAAAACUUAAACACAACCCCAACAACAUUGUUUACAAAAAAGAAUUUUAUUAAACGAAUCGCAGCCAUAGCCGUAAUAGGAAUGGCUUUGUAUGAAUCAUUUAAGUGGAAAUUACUUUGGUUGUUGAGGUAUCUUGGGUGCCCAUUUGAAGGAUUGUUUUACUUCUGUAGCGUAGCAAAUAAAAAAUCAGCAAUAACUACAUUUUGGUUAUCAGCGACCUAUUUUGAGAAUAACAAAAAAGGCAUCCGGCCAAUCGGUCAUAAUGUUAUGGAAAUUGACAAAGCGUUAAACGAUGAUGAUGUGAAAACUAUUUAA